CGGGUGAAUUAGGUAGAUCCGUGAACGACUUAACCCUGCAAAAGACGCGCUCGGUGUGCACUCGGUGAGCGUCCGGCGUUCGACUGUGAACGCACUCCUGAGUUUGAUUGGUUUUCAACAGUGAUAAUCGGCUCGGAGAACUCAGAUCAAAAUACCGAACGCACGGUAUAAUAGUAGGCUAUGUUUUUUGCAACCAAUAGGAAAAGAGCGUAGCAUUUGUUUGAAUUUGACAGUUUUGUUGAAGUUUCGAUUCGAAGUUUUUAAAUGUUGCGAUUCUUUGCGUACGUUCCUACGGUACUUUUCUGGAUAGUUUCUUGCUUUUUCAAUUAAGAAAAAAAAACUGGAAAAAUCUCCAGGUUCCAGAAUCAUGAGCACCACUAGCGCCUGCAUCGAAUUUCCAAGUAUAAUCAUAAACCGCCUCGAAGUGCAAAAUGCUAUUAAAACAUUUGAGCUCUCCAAAAAACAUUUAAAGAGAGUUACUAAAUUAGCGUUGCUUAACAUUAUCAAUAGACGAAUUCAGAUACCAGACAACGAAUUUAUUGAGAAACUUGCUUUCGAUGAAGUCCCUUAUUUCGUUUUCAAAAGAAAAAGCCAGAAUAGAUUUAUUAUAGCCCACCACAAGUAUGGCACGGGAGUACUAGAUGCUCUGGAGAAAGGAUUUCUAAGGCAAUGGGAUUUGAUUAUUGUAAGAAAAAGCACUAGGGAACCUCUAGAGAGCUACAGUUUCAAAUAUAAAUACAACUUUGAAAACGAAGGAGAAGCCGGAACUAGGGAUCCAGAAAAAGUUCGUGCAGCUUUGCUUCACAUGUUGGAUGUUAUAAAGCGUUUGCCAGGGGAUAAAUGGCCAGAAAGUGAGGUUGACCUAUUAUGCGACAUUUUUUAUCAAGAAAAUACUCCAACUACAUAUGAGCCACCUCAUUUCCGCCCCAAUACAGAACUUAAAUCAUUGGACCAUUAUUUUAUUCACGUUUUGCCUAUGGGUAGAAUAAAUACCGGCUUUCACAAACUUAUUGGAGAAGGCAGAGGAUGGAAUUUUGAGCCGCAGAUGAUGGCUACUUCCACGCCAAAUCCAGUAACGACGGAACAGGAACCUAGGGAUGAGGAAGAACCACAGCCUAUGAAAAUGACGCAAGACUCUAUUGAGAAGAUGCCAGAAUUUAUGGAAGAGGAGCCAGAAUCUCUGGAGAUUGAGUCCCCAGCAACUAAAAAGCUACAAAUAAUAAACAACAAACGUAGUACUAUUGAUCCAAUCGUCGAAAAUUCUUCUAAGAAAGCUAAAUCGCUGUUGAACGAAUCUAUAGAUGGUAAAAAUCCAGAGAUCGCAUCAGUGUUCAGCCAAGAUCUUGAAAAUUGCGUCUGUGAAUGGAGGAACCUAGACCACACAUUUCAAUUGAUAAACUGCAGUAACUGUUCGGAACCAGUUCAUGCAGUUUGCAAUGGCUACUUUUAUUCGAAGGCGAUUGAUAAAGAAACUUUCAUUUGCCUCACUUGCAGUUCAAUAAAUAAGCCGAAUAAGUCCCGAGCUCACUUAAGAUUGGUCCUUUAUGGAACUUACUACGAUGAUAGGGAGCCAGCAGUUCUCCGCAAUGCAAAAAAAUCUGAAAGAAGGGCUCUCUUGAAUAAGCUGGAAACCUAUGGUAUCAUCCAACCAGACAGCAUACAAAUCGAUGGAAAGGCUCUGGAACGUGCUAUUAUGAGAAAUUUUAUUGAUUUACAGAACUCAGCACAUCUACAUCCGUAAUUUCAUUAUAUUUCUUAUUUGUUUUCACUAUUCGUUACUCGUUAGGUUAAAUGACACGACAUAGAGUGUCGAAGUAGGUACUAGUUUCAUUGUUUUAAAAAAAAAAAGUUUAGCUAAAAUAAUGUGUUAAGUUUCAUUGACUUUAUCGUUCUUGUUUUCAAAAUAUUUUAUAUCUAGUGUUUAGUAUUAUAUUAUUGUAGUUGUAACAAUAACAAUCGUUCGUUUUUUCGAUGUUGAGAAAUUGUUGUUAAAUGAGUCUUAUCCAGAUUGUAAGAAGGCGUCCAGAAACGAGACAUUCUUGCCUGAUAGAUUUGCCUAUUUACCCCAAUUCCAUGGGGUUAUUAAUUAAUGAUAUUACUUAGCAAUCUUCUAAAUAGUUACUACAUUGUUAUUUUCAAUAAAACUUUUAUAGA